GACACACUGGCAACAAUAAGAUCUUCACCAAUCGUUCCUCUGGGGCGUACAUCUUCCGGCCAAAGGAGCAGACUGCCAAGUCACUAGGUCGCCUUCUUCGCGCAGAGGCCUUCACUGACACUCGACCAGGAAGCAGCGGACUGCUGGAGAUUCAGCAGACGUACGAAUCCUUUGUGCAGCAAAGCAUUCGCAUUCACCCGAGGAAGGACUUCAUUGAGUUUGACUGGUUCGUUGGCUCGAUUCCCGUGGAGGAUGGUGUGGGAAAGGAGGUAGUGGCCCGCUACUCCACCAGUCUAAUCACCCGAGGAGCCUUCUACACUGACGCCAAUGGACGGCAGAUACUGAAGCGCAUUCGCAACUACCGACCCUCCUGGAACUACACCGUCUUUGAGCCGGUGGCCGGCAACUACUACCCGGUGAACAGUCGCCUCUUUCUGCGCGACCUCGAGCAGGCCAGCCAGCUGCAAAUGACACUGCUCACUGACCGCACUCAAGGUGGCGGCAGUCUUCGAGAUGGCCAGCUGGAGCUGAUGCUUCACCGUCGGCUGCUGCACGAUGACGCCUUUGGCGUGGCAGAGGCGCUCAACGAGACUGGUCCUGAUGGGCGAGGGCUGCAGGUCCGAGGACGACACCUGCUGCUGCUCAGUCCAGUCGACGCUGCCGCCGCCGAGCACCGUCCACUCAGUCAGCAGCUGUACCUGGAGCCAGUGGUCGCCUUCCUGCCGAAGUACAAUCUGCAUUCGUACCAACAUCACUACCGAACCGUGUUUAGCGGUAUCCACCAGCGAGGAGGAGGCCAUCUUCCCGCCAAUGUGCACGUUCUCACGCUGGAGCAGUGGCGGCCAAAGUCGGUUCUUCUACGUCUCGAGCACUUCUACCAGGAAAACGAGGAUUCAGUGCUCAGCAAGCCGGCCACUGUUCAGCUGGAUG